AUGGGAGCUGGAUGGGCGCUCGCAUUCUUGCCGUACGGAGCAACUUGGAGGAGUCACCGCAAAGCAUUCCACGAACACUUCCAUUCCAACAUCGUAUCCAAAUACCAACCUAUCCAAGCCGAAGCAGCCAAAACGUUCCUCCGUCGACUCUUAGCUUCACCCGACGAUUUCAUGGAACAUAUGCGACACUACUUUGCAGCCAGCAUCAUGGAAAUUUGCUACGGAAUCGCCGUUCUGGAACAUAACGAUCCCUACGUAUCAAUCGCCAAGGACGCCGUUGAAGGUGUCUCUGAAGCCGGAAUCCCAGGAGCCUUCUUGGUCGACCUCUUUCCCGUAUUGAAAUACGUCCCCAGUUGGUUCCCCGGUGCUGGAUUUAAGAAAAAGGCGGCUAGGUGGAGGGCGUUUAUUUAUGAAAUGCUGGAGAGGCCGUAUCGCAGGGUUCAAAGGGAUUUGAAAGCAGGAAUUGCACGACCAUCCAUGCUUCAAUCGAUGAUAUCGAACUUACCAGACGAAAGCCAUCCAAUGCGGGCUGAAGCAGAGAUGAUGGCGAAAGCUGUAACAGCAGCGGCGUACGGUGGCGGCUCGGAUACGACCCUCGCUGCCCUUCAAGCAUUCUUCUUAGCGAUGGCCACGCAUCCAGACGUACAGCGCAAGGCGCAAACAGAGAUUGACGCUGUUGUUGGUCAAGAUCGGCUUCCGGAUUUUAGUGACCGGGAGAAGUUGCCUUAUGUUAAUGCUAUCGUUAAAGAAACUCUGCGAUGGCAUUCUAUUUCUCCCCUGGGUAUACCCCAUAUGUCUACGGAAGACGACGAAUAUGAUGGUUAUUUCAUUCCGAAGGGUACGCUUGUUGUAGGAAACGUAUGGACCCUAAUGCACGAUCCAAACGCCUUCGUGGAUCCAUUUAAAUACGAACCUGAACGAUACCUCAAAGAUGCGGAUGGGCGUUUGGAUGAUACAGUUCUGAGUCCUAGAGCUGCUGUUUUUGGGUUUGGGCGUCGCAUAUGUCCAGGGAGACACCUCGUUGAUGCGUCCCUCUACGUAGCUGUUUCCAACGUCCUGGCAGUCUACAAUAUCAAGCCACCAACCGACGAUGAGGGGAAUGAGGUAAAACUAAGGGAGGAGGUUACGGGCGGGCUGUUAUCGUUUAUGGUUCCUUUCAAAUGUGUGAUUGAACCUCGGUCGAGUGUAGCGUUGGCGUUGAUUCAAGGUGUUUGA